CUUUCUCAUGGCCGUCGCAACUCGCAAGCCGCAACAGCACCACCAUGGACAACACACAGAGCAGCAGAGGAAGGAUUUUCACUGUCCUGGUGAAGAGAGCAGAGACAAAUCACACAGCCACAAGCUAAUUCAAACUGGAGCCGAGAUCUCGUUGCUGAUCGGAGCUGAGCUCGCUACAAGCUUACCUCGCCUUUCAUCUGUCACCGUGUCACCACGCAGUCACCACCUCCGAAAGCUAGUUCUCCUCGCAGCUUUCAUCGUGCUGCUGGUCGUCCUAGUGGCAAGCGAAGGUCAUUGGUGUGUCUCUUGGCGUCGUCGGCUGAUCCAUGGACGCCUUCACGGCGCACACGAGCGGCGCCGCCACCUCGCGAUACUCGCCGGCGGGCACGUCCAUCCUGCUCCGAAGCAGGAGGCGGGGCCACUUCCCCUCCCGCGUGUCGUGCUCGGCCGCGGCGGCGGCGGGCAAGACGGUGGUGAUCGGGCUGGCGGCCGACUCGGGGUGCGGGAAGAGCACGUUCGUGCGGCGGCUGACGAGCGUGCUCGGCGGCGGCGCGGAGCCGCCGAGCGGCGGGAACCCGGACUCCAACACGCUCGUCGGCAGCACCGCCACGGUGAUCUGCCUGGACGACUACCACUCGCUGGACCGCGCUGCGCGGAAGGCGCGGGGCCUGACGGCGCUGGACCCGAGAGCCAACGACUUCGACCUCAUGUACGAGCAGGUGAGGGCCAUCAAGGAGGGCCGCGCCGUCGACAAGCCCGUCUACAACCACGUCACCGGCCUCCUCGACCCGCCCGAGCGCAUCGCGCCGCCCAAGAUCCUCGUCAUCGAGGGCCUGCACCCAAUGUACGAUGAGCGCGUGAGGGACCUGCUAGACUUCAGCAUCUACCUGGACAUCAGCGAAGAGGUCAAGUUUGCAUGGAAAAUCCAGAGGGACAUGGCAGAGCGCGGGCACAGCCUAGAGAGCAUCAAGGCGAGCAUCGAUGCCAGGAAGCCGGACUUUGACGCCUACAUUGACCCGCAGAAGCAGUACGCGGACGCCGUGAUCGAGGUCCUGCCGACGCAGCUGAUCCCGAACGACGAGGAGGGCAAGGUGCUGCGCGUGAGGCUGAUCAUGAAGGAAGGCGUGAGGCACUUCGCCCCGGUGUACCUCUUCGACGAAGGGUCCGUCGUAACCUGGAUCCCCUGCGGCCGGAAGCUCUCCUGCUCGUACCCCGGCAUCAAGUUCGCCUACGGCUUCGGCACCUACUUCGGACACGAGGUGUCCGUGCUGGAGAUGGACGGGCAGUUCGACAAGCUGGACGAGCUCAUCUACGUGGAGACCCACCUGAGCAACCUGUCCACCAAGUUCUACGGGGAGGUGGCGCAGCAGAUGCUCAAGCACGCCGACCUCCCGGGCAGCAGCAACGGAACGGGGCUCUUCCAGACCAUCGUUGGGCUCAAGGUCAGGGACCUCUACGAGCAGAUCGCCGCCGAGAGGGCCGACGUCACGACCGAUCCCCUCAGGGUCUGACGUCUGAUGGAGCCGAUGUUGAUCGGAGGAGAGCAAGCACCGAGCACACAUCCCGGUUGCUUUAUCUUGUAACCCUAGUGUUGGAUUAUUAUGUUGCUUUUAUAGUGUGUUUGUAUAGGAGAUGUUGCACGAGGAAGCAGUUGCAUGAACACGAGAUGCUGCUCAGCAGCUGCACGUCAUUGCAUAAAGAAUUCCGAAUCUGAUUAUUUUUUUA